AUGUGUGUAUUGUAAAUACAUAUUAUCAACAAAUAUCUCACACGAAUACACACACACACAUUUUUUCUUGAUUUGACACUCGGUUUUUCUCACUAUGUUCAAUGUCUCGGAACAAUAAGAAUAACAAUAGUGUCGUUUUGUAUCGAAUGUUCAACGUUGUGUCCAAUGGCUCAUACACACACCAGUUCGAGCUCCUCAACUAGACGAUCAUUACGCUUAUUAACAGCCGAACGCAAAUCAACCGCAACGAUUGCACACAAGUCGAACGUUGACGACGAAGACGAAGCAGAGGCAAACGAAGAAGAAGAAGAAGAAGAAGGAGAAGAAGAAUCGCAACCAACAUUACGUCAAGCUAAAUUUAAAGCACUCGAAGCUAUAUCAAUUAGUAAUAGUAAUAAACGUCGAAGUGAACUUGAUAUAAAUACGAACGACGAUCAGCAAGAUAUCGGCGUGGAAUCUGAGGAACAUUCCACUAGUCGGAAACGAACGCACUCAAAACAAGCAUCUUCGUCCUCAUCGCACCACAGUAUUCGACAUGUUUCGAAUGCUGUAGGACGGCGGAAGCGAAAUAAAAAAUCAACAUCGCGAAGUGAAAAAUAUUCUCCUAAAACAUUGAAACGUCAACGACCAUCGUCAUCUGACGACGGCGGCGGCGGCGGCGGCGGCGGUGAUAACGUCGACAUCGAUCGUACGAAUCGCUCAUCAGUGCAACCCAAAGCGAAAAGAAACUCAGCACCUAUUGUGCAAAAUCGCACACGUUCGAAAUCCAAUCUACGGAAGACAAGCGAUUCUAAUACUGACCUAGAACAACAAACUGAAGGUACAGACACGGGGAAUCUUUGUGUACGACGAGGACCAGGUGGAAGAGAACUCCAUAGCGUCGUAAGUGAUCCAUCGACUGCAAGUAGUAAUCGACGAUCACGUGUAACCACUCAUCAUCGUCGAUAUUCUAAUAAAACACCUCCUAGCUAUUUAACCACGGGUCAAUCUUCUUCCAGCCGUUCGUCGGUGCCUGUCAACAACACCGGCAGUAUUGACGAGCGAUCGUGCGAUUCAAACCCAAGUGUACUAACAUCCACACAUCCGCUACAUUUGUUCAAUUCAUCAGCUUAUUAUCAGCAGAUCAGUUCUCCACCGCCAUCCUCAUCAUCUGCUCAAUCGUAUUCAGGGGUCGUGCCAUCAGGAUCCUAUAAUUCCUCGUUUGUUGCCAGCGCUGCAUCUGCAAGUACACAUCGACAUCUCAAGCAAUCUUUACCUAUGUCAACUGAAAGUGACACUGACCCGGAUAAUAGUGCUAGAACGAUGAGUCCAUCCCCACGAGAUGUUCUAUCGGAUUCCGCUUUUGCUCGUGCAGCUGCAGCAGCAGCUGCUGCUGGUGGACCAACAAGUGCCGCACUGUUUCAUACCUUAUCAGGUCGUGUUCAACAUUUAAUGAGUCGCGUUGGCGGCGGAAGUUCCUUAAAUGCUAUGAAUGGACGUUUACAACAGUACAUGCAAGGAUUACAGUCAUCCGAUACUGACCUUCGACUCUCAACUCUCAAUGAAUUAUGUUCUCUUCUUGUAAUGAGCAAUGAAGAAACAUUACCCGGUUUUCAAUUUCGACUUCUCUAUCCACCAUUACGUGACUGCCUAGCGGAUGAAAAUGAAGCAAACGCCGAGAUCGCAUUAACAGCUUGUCGAGCACUAACAUAUCUCAUGGAAGCCCUACCACGAUCAGCGGCACAAAUUGUCGACGCGACACCCAUAUUUUUAAGCAAAUUACGAAGUAUCACUUCAAUCGACAUUGCCGAACAAGCAUUAACAGCUUUAGAAAUGAUUUCGAAACGAAAUGGCAAACAGAUUCUUAUGGCAGAUGGAAUCGGUGCUUGUUUGGAAUAUAUCGAAUUCUUCUCUAUUACAUCACAAAACAAAGCGCUAGCAAUUGUUGCCAAUUGCUGUAUCCAUAUUUUAACACGUAAUGAUUUUAAUUGCGUACGUGGUCAACUGGAGAACCUUUCCAAUCGUUUGCGUUCGGAUGAUAAGAAAACCAUUGAACAUGUUUGUUCUAUAUUUGCACGUCUAGUGGAAAAUUUCCAUCGAGAUCCAUCGAUUUUACGUGAAAUCGCAUCUACACAACUACUCAAAACAAUGCAAUCCAUGCUUGUUGCUCAACCAUCCCUAUUGAAUAGUGUCACCUUCGUUAGCAUUAUUCACAUGUUUUACGUCUUCUCAGCAUACUGUCCGAUACUUGCUGUUACAUUACUUAAAAUGAAUAUAGCCGACACGAUCCUAUGUCUUCUGACGGGCUCGUCAGACGGCAAAUCAACGUCGUCGUCAAAAUCAAUACCAAUAACAUACAAAUCUGCAGCAUUGUCUACGAAUGAAGCACAUACACUCCACAUCUCAACCGUACAACACGUAAACAGUAUUGAACUUAUCUCACGCACGCCACAGGAAUUGUAUGAAAUUGUUUCAUUAAUCGGUGAAAUGAUGCCUCGACUGCCGAACGAUGAACCGCUAUUUCAAGUUGAUCAACUAUUUCGUCGUAAUACACUACCAAAUCGAACAUUUGAUCCCACUUCAAAUGGUUAUAUCCUGUGGCACUGGCAAGACGAUCAAGGUCAACUACGGCCAUACUCAUCGCAAGAUUCUCGCACAAUCGAAUAUGCCUGGCAACAACAUGAAGAAGAAGUUCAAUUAAUGAUAUCUGGUCGUCAUUAUCUGAUUGAUUUACAACAACUACAACAGGUCAAUGAAGAAACCAAUCAAGCUCGAUUUAUCAAACGUAUCAUAACGCCUGAUACCAGCGAACCACCCACAGAGAUCACCGACGAAUCAACAAACACUCUGCGACAAGCAACAACGACAACAAAUUCGAUCUCCGAUGCUCGAACUGAAAUGAUGAAAGAUAAUAUUGAAUUGUAUAGUACAUUUAUAGAAUCAUUGUUUGCAGUACUUUAUGAAGUAUAUUAUUCUUCUGCUGGUCCAGCCGUUAAACAUCGUUGUCUACAAGCUGUACUCCGUAUGAUCUAUUAUUCACCGUCGAAUUUACUUGAGGUUAUCUUGAAGCAACAAUCGAUUUCCUCUCACAUUGCAUCAAUGCUUGCUUCCUCGGAUUAUCGAAUUGUUGUCAGUGCGCUGCAGAUGGCAGAAAUUCUCAUGAAAAAAUUACCACAAAUCUUUUCCGCAUACUUCUAUCGUGAAGGUGUUGUCCAUCAGAUUGAAAUCCUUAUUGGUUUCGGUGUCGUAUCCUCAUCAUCAUCAUCAUCAAAUGUGACUUUAGCGCGCAGUAGUCACACAACUGGAAGCCGUAGUCAACUGGAUCUUGCUCAUUUAAAUGAACACCCCGCGCCACAUAUUGAAGCUGUUGAUGAACAAAUACCGAAACCAACAACAACGGCAGCAAUAGCAACAGCAACAACAACAGCAACAGCAGCAGCAGCACGUCGAUACUAUACGACUUCAGAAUCGUAUCCAGUGACAGCAAGAGUUGAGACACGUUCACAGCGCACUCGUCUUCCUAAAACAUCUACUCGUUCAAUGUUCGAAGAGUUUUCAUCACGACCGCUGGUUGGACGAGAGACCGGUGCUUCGUUUUCUACUGGAUCACUCGAUAUUAAUCUUGGACGGGGUCGGCCAGCUCGUGGCGUUCUUCCUCCACCAGUUCUCUUUCGACCAACAUCAUCAUUUGAUCCAUCAACUUAUUAUCCUCGGCCACCCGUUUACGUACCACCGUCGUAUGUUUAUACACCCACCACACCUGUUGCUGCGUCGCUGAUCAAUCAAGUGACACCUCCCCAGCAACAUCAGAUCGUUUUAUCCUCUCAAGAAAAAGCGAAAUUGAAAGAAUGGAUUCAAAACCAAGCCAAAGCAUUUCGUUCAACCUAUUUCUCCAACAACUCAUCGACAUCUAAUCUUGCUCUACAAAUUAUCGAACGUCUAGCAUCUGCUGUCAAUGUCCUGCAUGUUGGCAAAGAUCCGAUGGAAAAUGGUAAAGCACUUCGUGACAUUGCAAACAUCAUUGCAAAGGGCGACGUUUCACCGUUUGAAAUGGUUCAUAGUGGUUUAAUUACAAAGUUAUUUCAAUAUUUAACAGAUGAUAUCUCCAUACCAAACAACCGACCAGAAAGAUUGAAGCAACUUCUACAUAUUUUUGUUAAUAUACCCAUCGAAAAUGAUGACAACGCUUUAAAGCAAUACCUUAUCGAACUUCAACAUAGUCAACUCAAUCACAGCAAGAAUCAUCAUCGAAAUGAACACAAUGUCUUGAGCCAUUUGAUUACAAAACUUCAUGGAUGUAUUAAUCAACUUGAACAGUUUCCAAUUCGAGUAAAUGACAUUGCUGGUCGGCCUGCUCAUAGUUCUGCACUUCGUUUGUUUACAACUCAUCAAUUGAAAUGUAAUCUUAUUCGUCAUCCGCAAUGUAAAACAUUGAAACAAUGGAAUAGUGGUCCGGUGAAAAUAGAUCCACUUGCACUUGUUUCAGCAAUCGAAAAAUACUUACUUUUACGUGGUAUUGCAAGUAAUACGAUGGAUGAUCCAACAAACGCAAUGGACGAUGAAGAAAGCGAAGUAUCGAAUGAGUCCGAUAGUGAAGAUGUGAUCAAUGUCUUAGCACGGUCAUCGAUGAUGAGAUUAGAGUUUUUAAUUAAUGAUCAUGUUAUUCCACACAAUAUGACUAUCUAUCAGGCUGUUCGACUGUAUAGCGUUUCAUCCCAACGAACAGGUGAUAACGAAUCAGAAACUGAUGCAGAUGAAUCAAUAUUUUCAUCGUCAGCAUUGUGGACACGUGUACAUACAAUAAACUAUCGUCAAGUUAGUAAUACUUCAUCGACUGUACCUGCUGUGAGUACUGCUAUUGGUGGAGCAAGUGCAGCGGCAUCAUCUACCCGUUUGCGACGAUCCGCUCAUCUACAAAGCUCUUCUAAAAAAUCAAUCAAAACUCCGAAACGUACUUCGACACUUCCUGGUAUCGACGAAUUAUGGACAAACGGUCAAUGUUCGAAGCCCAAAUCUCUUCUCACUUCCGCUCUCAACGAAUCCAUUUCAUCUAUGUUAACAAUCAAUGAUCUAUCACUAAAUGCAAUAUUUCUCCUCCGAAUACUAAAUGGUUUGAAUCUAUACUGGUACGAUCUUUUCUACGACACGAACACAAUUUUAAACCAUCCAAAUUCGACGUUAACUUUAACAUCUAAAAAUGAAUUCUUCUCAGCCAAAUUGACUUCGAAAGUUAAUCGUCAAUUACAAGAUCCUGUUGUGAUCAUGAUGGGGCAAAUUCCAUCGUGGAUUACAGAAAUGGGCUAUACAUGUUCGUUUCUAUUUCCGUUCGAAACUCGACAAAUGCUCUUCUAUCCAUGUGCGUUUGAUCGAGAACGUGCAAUGCAACGACUUCUAGAUAGUUCAGACAUUUUAACCCAACAACAUACUAAUGACCAAGCUGAUCGUCAAUCAAUUAUCCCUAGAAUUGAGAGAAAAAAAGUACAGUUGUCUCGAGGAAACAUUCUAGCUGAAAUGGAGAAAAUUCUCGAUAAUUGGAGCUCCAAACAUUUCUUAGAAGUUCAAUAUGAAGAUGAAGUCGGUUUUGGUCUUGGACCAACAUUAGAAGCGUAUUCAUUGUUAUCGAAGGAAUUACAAAAGAAUGGACUGGAAUUAUGGCGAACAGAUAAAACCUUCGAUUCGAUGAAAGAUAAAGAUACAGUUAUACCGGAAUAUGUGGAUAAUCGAAGUGGCCUUUAUCCAGCUCCACUCGGUCGAAAUGCUAAAGCGAGUACCAUGACAAAGAUUCGUCAGAAAUUUAAAUUUCUUGGCAAGUUCAUGGCUAAAGCAUUAAUGGAUUCGAGAAUGAUUGAUAUGCCAUUUAGCAUUGUAUUCUAUAAAUGGGUAUUAGGACAAGAAGAAUCAUUAAAUCUUGAAGAUUUGAUACACAUUGAUGCGAACCUGUACGAACAAUUUAAAAAACUACAAUCGAUUGUUCGUGCCCGCGAUACACUCGUGUCGCAAAACUCGACAACGAAUAGACAAUCGGCAAUAAAGAAACGACUAAAGUCCAGAGAUGAUUGUCAACAAGAAAGUUCGCCGUGUACAAAUAGUUUUGAUGAAAAUGACGAACGAUUACAUCUCGACGGAUGUAAAAUCGAUGAUUUGUCGUUGGUGUUUACUUUGCCUGGCCAUCCGAAUAUCGAAUUGAAGAAAAAUGGAAAGGAUUGUCUAGUAACUAUCUACAAUCUCGAUCAAUAUGUGAAUUUGGUUGUCCACUGGACAUUGAUCGAAGGCGUUCGACGUCAGUUUGAGUCGUUCCGUGAUGGUUUCAAUUCAAUCUUUCCCAUUCAUCAUUUGAAAUGCUUUUAUCCUGAUGAACUUCAUCAAGUAUUCUGUGGCAGUGGAUCAACCGAACUCUGGGAUCUGAAAGUCUUGCUCGAAUCGACACGUUGUGAUCACGGAUAUAACUUGAAUAGUCGAGCAGUGAAAUGGCUAUUCGAUAUAAUGGUGAAUUUCGACAUUGAUGAACAACGAGCAUUCCUACAAUUUGUGACUGGAAGUCCACGUUUACCAGUCGGAGGAUUUCGAAUGUUACAUCCACCGUUGACGAUUGUACGAAAAACAGCAGAAAAUAAUAGUGAUAAUACCAAUGCUGAUUCGUCCUUGCCAAGUGUCAUGACCUGUGUCAACUAUCUCAAAUUGCCAGAUUACUCAUCAAAAGAAAUCAUGAAAGCAAAAUUGACAACUGCAAUACGAGAUGGUCAAUAUGCAUUUUUACUUUCGUGA